AUGUCGACUGGAGACGUCACGAAAUCGCUGUUCCACGUCAGCAGCAACAGCCCUGACGUGUGGUGGUCCCUCCCCGACGGCAUCUCCGAAAGACUGCCCUUGCCUCCUGGCCGCUGGCAGAAAAUCGAGGAGCUAUCUCAUCGAAUGGGGGUCCACCUAUCCCCUGACCUGCUGCUGCGAUGCCUGACCCAGGACAUGUACUAUUACCUGCUCAUGCCCGGAGCCCAAUGUACUCUCAAUCAUCAGCAGCAGGACGGCAGGGAGGACGGCAGCAGGGAGGACGGCAGCAGGGAGGACGAAGGCAAGAGGAGCAGUGCAUCUGGUCCAUCUAAAUCCGACGACGAGCCCAUUACGUACUUCACAGCCCACAGCCGGCUGCGAUCGCAUCUUGAGGCGGUGGGGGACUCGGUGCUAGCACUCACGUGUGUGCUGCACCUCGUGCGCCAGCAACCACCCCUGUCCAUGGGUGAUCUCACAUCACGCAAGGACAAGCUUGUGAGCAACAGGAGUCUGGCGGGCAUAGGAGGGGGGGCGCUGGGCCUGCCGGCAGCCAUGCUGAGCUUCUCAGAUGCGCUGCUCAUGCAGGGCAAGCGCGCCAUGCUUAAAGGGGGGGACACGGUGGAGUCUUCAUUAGUUGCGUGCACAAUGGAGGCACUUGUUGGUGCGGUUUAUGCAGAAAAGGGCCUGGAAGCAGCGUCAGCCUUUGUAACCCGCCUGCUGCCCUCGCUAGUGGACUCCCGCGCCACUCUUCCCCACGCACAGAAGCUGGAGUUUGGCCAUCAGUAUUGGCAACAACUCGGGCAUGAGCAUGGGCAUCAGCAGCAGCAGCGUAUUCAGCCGGGCGGAGAGGGAAGUGUGACGGUGGGCGAAGCAGCAGCAGAGCAGAGCAGUAGAGUUCAGUCUGCAGCAGAGCGGAGCGACCCUCGAGUCCCAGUUGACCCCGUGGCUCGAUUGCAGCAGAUGUCUCUCCAGCAACUGGGGCUCAUCCCACAAUACCG